AAAAUUACUUAAUGCCUAAUUCCAGGAAAUAGCAUCUUUACGGUCGUCUCAUGAGAGUAAUCUACGCCGUGCUGAAACUGAAAAUCGGGUAGCCAUUGUUGCAUUAGAACAGCAGUUGGCAAUGCAGCAACAGCGAUCUCUUAAUACCUUGAGUGAGCGAGAUUUGGAGAUUCAGCGUCUAACCAAAGAAGUGCAUGAACUAAGGAAAUCAUCAGCCCAAAGUGGUUUAGGGACCCUAGAAGCAACAGCUGCUAUUUUGUCGCAAGUGAGUGGUGGCAGUGAAGGGCCACUCUUACAUCACUUGGAAGAACUAGCUCGCAAAGAUCAAGAAGUAUCUCAACUGAGACGUGAGAAACGGCAGUUGGAAACUACUAUGAGGGAAGUUCAAAUGGCAGCAUUGAACAGACAACAGGCUCAGCAAGAUAAAAUUGAACGUUUAGAGGAGGAAGCUGAAAGGUACCGUAGGAAUGUUUCUCGGGAAGGUGAAAAUCUGGAGUACUUGAAGAAUGUUGUCCUCCAGUACAUGACGAGUUCAGAUGCUGAGUCACGUAAUCUAAUGCUAAAUGCUAUAUCUGCAGUCCUAAAAUUCACCUCUAACGAGGUGGAAAAUGUGAGAAAAUACAAUACGCUCUGGUGGUGGCAACCUGCUCCAAAGACAGGAGUCAAGGUUAAAACUCACCAUUAAAAGGGAGAGAAAAUGAUGGAAUGGUAUAGCAGCAUAUUCACUGUUAAUUUUACAGUCAUUCAUAUUCUACUUCCAAUGAUCUUGUUAUAUAAAAAGAUCUAUUUUCAGUGAUGUGAAGGUGUUGGGUGUUUGCUGUAUGAAAACAAAGGGGAUAAUGUCUUGGAAUAUAAACAGAUGGGCAGACAAAAAAAAAAACAGACAAUUACAGACAUAGAUAUUUCAGAAAACCUGACAUAUGCAUUAUACACAUAUACACCCACACCAACACCCACAACCAAUCACAAACACACCCCGGUGUUAUCUCUACUCUUGUCUUAUCUCCUUGCCUCCUCUCUUAUCUUAUGUAUUAUCUUCCUUUCUCCUUUGCUCACUUUUCAUCUUUUCUUAGCAUGAGUCUGAUUGCAUGUUUGUGUGAGUGUGCAUAGAUGUGUGCGUGUAUAUACAAUAUAUAUCUUAUUUUGUGUACAGAUUAUGAUAUAUGCAGAAUGUACAUUAAUGUUAAACCUCUUGUAACCUCUUGAAGAAUUUUAUGGGAUAAUGGAAUGGAAUAAAAUUAUUAUUUUUUAA